AUGUCAUUUAACUAUUCACCUCUCAAAAGGAGCAAAUCAAAACAAUCCCAAAGUACAUCUUCCCCAUCACAAGAAUCAGUCCACCCGUACCAUUAUGAGAUUUUAUUGCUUGGAUUCAUGACUUUACUAUGUGGAUUACUUGGGCUACCUCCAUCUAAUGGGGUUUUGCCACAGUCCUCAAUGGAAAUUCAAACUUUGUUGUUGAUCAUUUGCUUACCGGAUGCUCAAGUAUCUAUCUAUUUGCAGUUGCUUCGAAGGUAGAUGGUAGAGAGUGCCAAGAAAAGGAUAAAGCAGAAAGCUAGUUACUCUGAAAUCUAUGGGAAAGUGCAAGUUGUGCUUAUAAAGAUGGACAGCAGUCCUGUUGUAAGCCUUCAAAAUAAUACUACGAUGGUUAAAGAGCUGGAAGACUUGAAGGAGGAAGUCACGAAAGGAGAACAUAAAGGGGAGAGCACAAAAUAUACAUUUGAUCCUGAGAAGCACAUUGAUGCAUACCUUCCGGUCUGAGUUAACGAGCAGAGAGUGAGCAAUCUGAUGCAGUCACUUCUUGUUGCAGCAUCAGUGUGUGCUAUGCCAGCGAUUAGAAAGAUACCUACAUCGGUCCUUUGGGGAUAUUUUGCCUAUAUGACCAUUGGUAGUCUUCCUGGGAACCAAUUCUGGGAAAGGAUGUUGCUUCUUUUUAUUACACCUGGUCGGCGUUACAAGGUGUUAGAAGUUGUUCAAUAUGCUUCGUUUGUGGAGUUGGUGCCAUUCAAAUCCAUAGCAAUAUUUACACUCUUCCAGCUUGUAUAUUUCCUGGUGUGUUUCUUUGUGCCAUGGAUACCAAUAGCUGGAAUCUUGUUCCCCUUGCCAUUCUUUCUUCUCAUCAGCAUAAGACAUUAUCUCCUACCCAAGUUCUUUCAACCACAUUAUUUGGGAGAAUUGGAUGCAGCAGAGUAUGAGGAAAUUGCGGGCACUACCCCAAGACUCUCCCUCAGCCUCUCUUUCAAGGAAAAAGAAAUACCUGGUCUUAGAAAUGAGGAAGAUGGAGUUGAAAUGUGUGAUGCUGAGAUAUUAGACGAGUUAAAAUAGUCUUAACAGAUUAGAGAUAUUGAACAAGAGAU